AUGUCGACAACGUCUACUAUUUCUCACCACCACGACGCCUACUUUCCUCCAGAGCUCCUCUAUGCUGUGUGCGCCCAUGUCUACGCCUCAUGCCUCCUCCCGGAGAAGCCCUCCCUCGAUCCCCUCAUGACGAACCCAGAUGGGCUCGUACCGACUGGCCAUCCUACAUCCUAUCCUGCAGGAUACACACCUGAGCCCGUCACCCGUCGCACCCUUGCAAACCUCUGCCUCGUCAACCAUGCGUGGUAUGGAGCUGCUAAGCCUUGGCUAUGGCGCAAGCUGGAAGUAAGGCUCCCACGAACAUGGCUCUCGCUCGUCGAGGAGAUUGCGUGGAACUACGAAGAUGAGCCCGUUGAUGCCGUCAUGGGCAAGACCAUCAAAGCUGCCACCGAAGCCGCAAUGCACUCGACCACCGCCAUCAAGUCAGAGGAACUGCGUCUAGUUCUCGACGACCUUGACGGGCCCGACACCUCCAUUUCCCCAGAACUCCUUUCUCCGGUCCCCACCCGCGAUCCAAGCCCCCGCCGCCUGCGCCCCAAGAGCAAGUCCCCUGCCCGUUGGAAAAUAGUGAGGUCGAUUAGCGAUGCGAUCCAGGAUGUAAUUAGCCGCGGGCACCCCGGGAUGUAUGUUCCGGUCCCGAAGGACCCGCGUCCCGGGCGUUUCGUACGCCACCUCGAUUUCAACCACUUCCGGACCAUAGGAAUGCGUCGAUCCGUUGAGGAAGGAGUUAACAGCAGGUUCGUCACCGGCGAUCGAGUCGAAGCAGUGCUCAAGGAAAUGCCGAAUCUCACAGCAUUUGGCGCCACCGAGUACAUGGACGGAGCUCUUAUUCUCCCGGUGUUGAACGAGCUGUUCCUGCGUGGUGCCCCUUCCGGCGGACGAGGCCGCCCCACACGAGGACGUGCGUUGAUGGACACAAAUGAUAUCGAAGAGGAAGAUCGAGAGCGCCGGCGGGACUGCAAGGAUCUUGAAGCCGUCGAUCUGACCGGUUGCGUCAGCGCUGUCUUUGUCAAUGCCUUUACCGAAUUCGUCAACACCCACCUCCUUCCACCUCCUUCCGAAUCUGACUCGGGCUCAGACGACGAGGAUGGCGGCCGUCGUAGUCGCCGUUCUGAUCGUUAUGCCCUCCUUGAACCCCUCCUCUUCCCUGGCCUUCAACGUUUGGGUCUGCGCGGUGUCAAGUCUAUUCUUCCUCGAGUGCUAGGACCCUUCGUAUUGGCCUUCCCUCAUCUAACACAUCUCGACCUGUCCGGCACCCGCCUCACUCCAGAAAUCCUCGACUCUCUCGGCCAAUCUCCCACUCUCCGCCUCAAAUCUCUAGCUUUGGCUCGUUGCAUCAAACUCUCGAGCGAGAGCAUCAGGCGCUUCUUGGUCGAUUCGCCCGUCACCAGCGAGUUGACCGAACUCAAUCUCUACGGCGAUAUGACGUACCAAUCCCCUAUUGUCGCCAACGAUCUCCGCGAUAUCGUCAGUAUGGCGCCAUGUUUCCUCAGCGGCAACCUGGUGUACCUCGACCUCUCCAGCGCUCCGCUCGAUAGGUCCAUUCUGGAGAAGGUUAAACCGCAACCCAGCCUGCGGUCGCUGGGCCUCUCGCAUAUUCUCCACCUCGAACUGAAGGCUGUGACGGAGUUUGUUCGAGACAAAGCCCCGAACGUCGAGAUCCUGGCGUUGGUCAACACGUCUCCCCAGCUCGACUGCGGCAUUCGCCUGCCUGUCGCGGACGUGCGCUCCGCGACGCGCCAGUCCACCCUCGCGCUGCAGUCGCAGGUUAUCCGCCCGCUGUGCCUGCCGCAAUUCUCGUUCAGCGUCACCGCCCCGACAGCACCGAAGCCCCCGGCGACCAGACUGCGCGUCAUCGAGCUGUCCACAGCUAUGCUCGGUGGUCUCGGAGCGGGCGUCGAUUCAUGGAAGAUCAUCCGUAGCAAGGGAGGACGCGGAUGGUACGUCGACACCGCGAGCGGGUGGGUUGCUCAACCGUGCUCUGGACAAGGAAGCACGCUUCGUCGAGACCUCCCGCCCAACCAUCCGCUCCGCAUCGAGAUGUGCAAGCUCUCCGAAGCUAAUGGCAAUGUCAGCAGCGGGGUUGGCUGGCACGCUCGAAAGAUGGAGAUCCUCCAUGGACACGGUAUGCUCGGCCGCGAGGAUGGUCUGUACGGCGCCGUCUCGUUCGCAUACCAAGGGUAA